AUGGCUGCGACUGUCUGUGGUGGUGAUUGGCCAAGUCGAUCUCUGGAUUCCAGAAAACCAUAUUGUCCAAAGGGCGCACAUCCUGAUUCGUGCGUUGGUCAAUGCGCCUUCACGUUUGUAGAAAAAAUCAGAAAUCAGCUGGGAAACGCUAAAACGGCAUCACUACUGCAGCUGAAUUACAAUGAUUUUCUCGUCGCGUUCUCAAACACAACAUUCUUUGAGAACUCCUGCAAAAUCUACCAUAAUUUUCAACACUGUUCGUCGAAGUGCGAACCGGGUUAUUUACACCAGCUAUUGAUGAAAAGCUCAGAAAUUAUCGAUCACUACUGCGUUUAUCAUUAUGAAGCAAUCCGUGCCAAAUUUCCGUGUCUCGAAAAUGUGAUUUCAAACACGGAUUGUAUCAAAUCUUGUACUCGACAUCACGAUGCCGUCACAUCGCUCAUCAACAAUUUCCGACAUCUUGCACUGAAUGGUGAUUCCACUCGUGCCGAACAAUACUUAGCCCAAAGUUGCGAAUAUGUGACAUGCACGCUACACUGUGAUGUGCCGGCGAUCGCUAGUCGCUGCGAUUUCGUCACAGCAAAUCUCGUCAUCGACCUUACACGACGUUCUUUUGCCAGUAUGGAAAAGAUGGCACUUGACAUGAACGUAAUUAGCAGGUGGCCAGCUGUCUGCUCCGAUAUUAAGACCUACCGCCUACCGGCACCAGCCAAUCCACCGAAGGAAAUUGGUGUGGUCGCUCAAAGUCACGAACUUCUCGCAGGUGAGAUCAAUAAUGUAGUAUACUACUCAAAAUUGCAGUUAUUUAGAAGGUAUUUUGCGUCGACAUUUUCGUAUUUACCUCUCAUUCUACAUCGAUGA